AUGGACUCACCACCAACCAUUUCUCCUAGUUCCACCUCCUUGUCCCACAACCCAAUAGGCGAAGCCACUGAAAUGCCCACUCCAACUCUGACAUUCAAGGUGGUCGAGAGCCAGCUUCACGAAGAUAUUCUUGCUAAACGAACGGCGUGGCGCUUCUUUGCCGACGGCCCCGAAGAAGUCUUCAAUCAACUUCAAGUGGACAAAUCACCUAUCACCUAA